ACGGGCUUCCGUCCUCGCCUGCCUGCUUGCUGUGUGGCAGACAGCCGGUGAAACGUAACAUUAGACCCUGAAUUAUUGAACCAAUUUAAACCGUAAAAAUGAGCCGCAGUUACAACGAUGAGCUGCAGUAUCUGGAGAAACUCGGCGGGAACUGCUGGAGGAUAAAAAAGGGCUUCGUUCCCAACAUGCAGGUGAGAUUUUAACACACAUUAACUGGCAGGAAAGCUGGUUAGCUGUAACGUGGCUAGUUGUCGUCUCAUACUGUUCAACCAGUCUGCACAUGUUUGCUGUUUGUGUCCAUUUAAACCAGACAGAGACUCCAAUCUGAAAAUAUGAGAGCUGGAAACUUAUUCAAGUCGAAAAGUUCAACUAAAUAAACCCACAUAGUCCAAAGUGCUCACCUGGUGACGCACCAAAAUGAUGUAAUAUUUACCUGUCAAAUGUAAGCCGAAUUUAAGGGCGGAUCAAACUAAGAUGAAAACAUGUUAAAUAUAUGUAAUUAUUAUCUUCAGUUUGUAAAAGUAGCUACAAUAACAUUGUAUUAACUACUUUUUGAAUUGGUAUCAGUGUUAGGAACAGACAGACGCUGAGGUUCUUAAAUGAGACUUUAAGAGCCAAACCAAAAAUUAACAAUAAAACCCGACCCUCCCACCCACACAUUAGAGAUGGGCACGGCAGUUCUUUUAGAUGUACUGAAUUUCCACUUUGAAGAGCACCACUCUUUUCCUGUUUCUUGCAGGUUGAAGGGAACUUCUAUGUGAACGACCCUCUGGAGAAGUUGAUGUUUGAGGAGCUUCGUAAUGCCUGUCGAGGAGGAGGUCGGCUGCUGUUCGCUUAUUAUUAUCACACAAAGUUCAUCCUCACAAGUUUUCUGCUUAUUUACUCUCAUAUUUCCUCUCCUCAGGUGUGGGUGGAUUCCUUCCAGCCAUGAAACAGAUUGGGAAUGUGGCUGCGCUGCCAGGAAUCGUACAUGUGAGUAGAAAUCAGUUAGGUUUAGAUGGACAGUAUCUUGUUUGGAGUUUCCAUCAGCACCUCCUCAUCACUCUGUGUUUAAUUCCUCCCUCAGAGGUCCAUCGGCCUCCCUGAUGUCCACUCUGGUUAUGGAUUUGCCAUCGGAAACAUGGCAGCCUUUGACAUGGAUAACCCGGAUGCUGUCGUGUCUCCAGGUGAGUGUCAGACUUCAGAGUCUGUCAGCGAGAAUAAUGAAGACUUUUAGCGACUCACUUUGAUCUAUUGAGGAUUAUAAUGCAGACGUUACAGCCUCCUGUAACCUGCUGCGGACGCUCAGAAUGUUUUUGUUUCUGUUCAUAAACAUAGAUAAGCUCCAUUUUUAAAACGAUCAGACACCCAGUGCUGUGUUUCUCCUGUAGGUGGCGUCGGUUUCGACAUAAACUGUGGCGUGCGGCUGUUGAGGACGAACCUGGAUGAGGGCGACGUGCAGCCGGUGAAGGAGCAGCUCGCUCAGUCUCUGUUUGACCACAUCCCUGUUGGAGUCGGGUCUAAAGGAGUCAUCCCCAUGGGGGCGAAGUAAGGAGGGACCCCGCAGGAGUUAAAACGAUCACACAGGCCCUGUUUACCUGCUGACGUCUGUGUGUGUUGUUCUCAGGGACCUGGAGGAGGCUCUGGAGAUGGGGGUGGACUGGUCUCUGAGGGAGGGCUACGCCUGGGCCGAGGAUAAGGAGCACUGUGAGGAAUACGGCAGGAUGUUGCAGGCCGACCCCAACAAAGUCUCCUCCAAGGCCAAGAAGAGAGGCCUGCCGCAGGUAUCCCAGAAUCCCAGAAUUAUUUUUUGCUUUUCUGCAUUUCACUCUCACUUUGAGCAGGUGAGGUAAACACAGUCAGGAUCAGAGUGCACAGUGCAGCUCUGAGCAGAAGAGAGAGGAGAUACAGUUAGGGAAUUAGGAGGGAUUAUUCAGCUUCUGCUGUCCGUCUGAUUGUCAUGACAUUGUGGUUGAUGCUUUAAUAAAUCCCGCAAGAGGCUGCCAACUGAUUCUGUCUUCUGAUGGUUCAUUUUUGCACCUUUUGCAUCUAUGAAAUCCACAAUAUAAGUGGCGAGCCAGCCAGGAGUGGAAGCAAACUCCUGACUGUGUUUACAUAAUUUGACAAUGAUCGUGUGUUUCAGCUGGGCACUCUGGGAGCAGGAAAUCACUACGCAGAGAUCCAGGUGGUGGAUGAGAUCUACAACGACUACGCAGCGAAGAAGAUGGGCAUCGACCACAAAGGUCAGGUGUGUGUGAUGAUCCACAGCGGCAGCAGAGGACUCGGACACCAGGUCGCUACAGGUACAAGUCUAGCUGAGUACACCUGGAUUAUAUUGUUUAGUCUGUAAUGGUCCCUGAAUUUUAGGGGGCAAGGGGAAGAACUUUUAAAAGAAAUUUCAGGAAAAGUUCUCUCUUUAAAUCAAGAUAGUUAAGAUGCAUUCAUAUUUAUUAGAACAUGUGCGUUAUUACUUUAAAAAUGACUGAAUGAACCCGCUACAAACUGUUUACAGAUGCUCUGGUUGCCAUGGAGAAGGCGAUGAAGCGGGAUAAGAUCACGGUGAAUGACCGUCAGCUGGCGUGCGCUCGCAUCACGUCUCAGGAAGGUCAGGACUACCUGAAGGGGAUGGCGGCCGCAGGGAACUACGCCUGGGUCAACCGCUCAUCCAUGACCUUUCUCACCAGACAGGUACGCUCACCUGCGGGACUAACAGUCUGAUGACCAAAGCUGUUUGUAUGAACCUUUCUCUGUUUGAGUUCUGAGGCAGUUUGAGUUUCUCCUGAUAAGUUUCUGAUUUUAUUUGUUUUUUAAUUCCUGUUCCAGGCGUUUUCCAAAGUCUUCAACACGACGCCAGACGACCUGGACAUGCACGUCAUCUAUGACGUCUCCCACAACAUCGCCAAAGUAGAGGAGCACAUGGUGGAUGGGAAGCAGAAGACGCUGUUAGUCCACCGUAAAGGCUCCACUCGAGCGUUCCCCCCUCACCACCCACUCAUCCCCGUGGACUAUCAGGUUCUGAUCCACUCAUGAUGUUUCAUACAUACGUUUAAAGAAGCUUUAAAAUCAGCUGAUUAAACCUGAUGUUUUCUUGAUGUUUUCUAGCUGACAGGUCAGCCGGUGCUGAUCGGGGGGACGAUGGGGACCUGCAGCUAUGUCCUCACAGGGACCGAACAGGGCAUGACGGAGACGUUUGGCACCACCUGUCACGGAGCGGUACGAGACUUUAUCGGCUUUAUUUAGAUGAAAACCUCACUAAAGAAGAACCCUCACUCACACUGGAUCAGACAUUUUCUGCCACACAGAGACUCUUUUUAAAGAUUAUUAUCCUACUUUCUCUCACUCUACUCUGUUUCUUCACUGUGAUAUUGAUCACCUUGUCUCACAGCUCCCCCUUCAGCCCUUAAAAUAUAUAAAAAUCAUCAGUGUUUCUAGGCUCAUAUAGACUCAUUUGUCUUAAAUACAACAGUCUUUAUGAUUUUCUGCCUGUGUUUCAGGGUCGCGCUCUGUCUCGAGCAAAGUCUCGCAGGAAUCUGGACUUCCAGGACGUCCUGGACAAACUGGCCGAUAAGGGGAUUGCCAUCAGGGUCGCCUCACCCAAACUGGUCAUGGAGGAGGUGAGGGGCGGAGGUUUAUUUCUAUCAAACUUUACUUAGCUAUCAUUUAAAAACCCCAAACCUUGAACUCAAAGCUGGAGCUCACACUAACUGAUGCGGGUUUAAGCUAAAUGCAAACUCACCGUUAGAGACAAGGUUAAGAGACAAGAGGAAAAUAAACAAAUAUUGUUUACUGCAACUCCAGUAUUUCCUCUGCUGUUUCCUCCAUGCCAUUGAGGUGAUCAGUAAAAGUGACGUAUUGCAUUUAAGUGACAAUUAAAUAUCAGACAGGUAAAAAUCAGCCGCAAAAAGGCUUUUAUUCGCCACACACCAGCUCAUGAAGUCUCUCUGUAUGUAGAUGAUUUGGUGUUUUUGAUUUUUAAGUUCAUGUUUUUGUGUUUUUUUCAGGCUCCUGAGUCGUACAAAAACGUGACAGACGUGGUCAACACGUGUCACGACGCCGGGAUCAGCAAGAAGGCGAUCAAACUCAGACCGAUCGCUGUGAUCAAAGGAUGAAGAAGAAAUUUAAACCUGCAUUUAAAGACUGUUUACAGCAUCUUCAGAAGCACUACUCAUUGGAUUUCUUUUAUUUUGCUGGAGGUGCGGAAGGAUUUCUGUUUGUUAAACUGAUCAGAGGGGGAAGUGAAAAUGUAAGUUUAAAUGUCAGCCUGGAAAAAAAAAAGAUUUUCUUUGUGCCAAAUUCAUGAGAAAGUGGAAAGCUGAAUAUUUUGAGUUUUAUUAGGGUCAUAAAUAGGAGAGAAUCUGCUUUAAAUCUACUCUGGCUGUGGAUGAAUAAAUGAAAGAGUGAAUGAAAGAGAGGCUCUGAUGAUUUCUGAUGAUUAGUAAACACUUUAUUGGUUCUAACAGAACAUUCAUCUCCAUAUCAAAAAGAAAAAAUCAACACAUUUCACCUUGAAUGAACAAUUAUUUGGUAGAUUUUCUCAGAUAUGAACAGACGUCACGUUUGAAAGAAUAAACAAAUGAAAUCAGACCUUAAAUUACAGAAAUGAGACUCCGGACAGGCUGGUUUUUCAGUGGUCGUGAAGUUUGAAGGGUUUACUGAUGUUUGCAUUAAAUCAGAGGAGGUCAGCGGACUAUUGUCUGACAGACACCACAGAGGUACGUCGAAGGAUUCAGAGGGUUAAAGACAGGUGACAUUGAGCGUGUCCACGGGCAGACGCACUUUCAUCAACAUCCAGGUGCAUAUAGACUAAUUUCAUGCAAGUGUCGUGAAUUUUAACGAAGUGUUCAAUGAUACUUAAAAUUAAAGCUCCUGUGAUGAAUUUUUAACGAAUUAGAAAAUAAACUAUAAUCAACACUGACGUCUCUCCAUGAGCUGUAAACCCAAAUUGGAUCAUUCGCAGAAAGAUGAAACUGUUCAAGUUAUUUUCACUGUCUAAAAUUAGUGGCAGGGUAGAUUUCCAAACAACUACAGAGCAUGUUUGACUAAUUUUUUUUCACGCAGUAAUUAAUUUUUACUUUUUAUCAAAUAUUUUUGGUGGUCAAUUGAUUUUUCUUGUAUUGAUAAAAUAACCUUCUGGGCUACUGUACUUGAUACAUACUUUUAUCUGGGAAAAAAAAAGAGAAAAUAUGACUUUCACAUGUGCAGGACAAAAUCAGAGAACAAAUCAGAUGCACCCUUUUGUCCACAGGGGGCGCCAGAAUAGACACAAACUAAAAGUUCCUCACAGGAGCUUUAAAGAGUGUUGUCAUUGAUUUUCUUCUUGUGGACAAAUCCCACAUUUAGGUGCAAGAACAAAUCUUUUUAAAAUGUACAGUAUGACUCCUACUGUGUACUCAUCCGCCGCUGAAAAUAGUUCCUAACACUUGCAGAAAAAACAGCGCUCAGCUGUUUGGGGACAUAAAACAGUGAUACUGUAACUUGGUAUGUUCAUGGUCUUAUUUAUUCAUUUCAGAUUUACAGCAACUAGAAACAACAGACUUGGACACGAUUAAGGUUUUUGCUUUUUGGGGGAUUUGUUCUCAAAUAGAAAAAUACAGUUUUACAAUAACAAUAAGACUUUAAUUCAUUUUUAUGCCUUUAUGAAGGUUUUGAUUCGAUUUCACACUUUCAGGCACUUUCUCCAGAGGGUUCAAAGGCAAAGGUUUUUGAGGAAGUUUGACGCCAAAUGAAAAGAUGAAUACAUGAAAGUGGAGAGAAAAUUAAAAACUGAUUCAAACAGCGAGUGACGGGGCAGGGAGCAGGUGAUUCUGACGAACAGUCAAACACAACAGCCUGUGUGUGUGGGUGUGAGGGGGAUUCGUGAUAUCUAAACCUCUGUACAGAGUGAACAGAUAAAGAUGGAUAUGUGGUUUUCAGUAUCAGUUUGUACAGUCACAUCUCGUCCUCAUCGUCACUGAUUGGGUACGUUACUUCGAUCACUCCCUCACAGUAUUUCUCGUUAUUUAAUCAACAUGUCGAUCAUCCUGAAUUGUCGCGAAUGCUUCGAUAUUUAAAACUCACAGAGUCGCUUCUGUACACUAGCAGAUUCUUGUUUUUACACCACCUGUACACAAGUGAUUCCUACAAUGAGUUAAUGUGAAUAUACGGAAGCCCAUUGAUGCCAAAUAUGAAAAAACAUAUUAAAUGUUAGGAAUGACAAAAUAACCCAAAUCUAAAGGAAAAAUAUUACUAACAUUUAAGUCAUAACUGGGAGGUUCUCUCAAAAUUUCAAAUCAUUUCCUUUAAUUGCUUUUUGAGAAUUCAAAUUUUUAACUUCUGUAAACGCUAACGUGUUGAAAUUCAGAAAGUACCAAUCAGGUCAGAAAUAUGUGAAAAAUAUUCAGGAUAUCUAAACAGUCAGUUAUGACUGAAAUUUCAGGGUUUCCAAAAAAAAAAAAAAAAGUUACUCCUCAGAAGUCAUGAAACUGAAAUAUUUGAAAUAAUUUGAUUUAAAAUGUAAAAACAAACAAUAACUGAAAUAAGUAAAAAUACUCAGAGAAAAUUUUAUAAGGAAUAAUUAUGAAUUUUUAUAUAAAAGUGAAAAAAUCCAAAACCAGUUCAUUUGGGCAAAAUAAAAGGUAAAACUAAUUUACUGCAAAUCAUAUUUGAGUGUUUUGAAAUAAUAUUUCAUUACUUAUUUAAAAACAAAACGCCAAAAAUUCAAAAUUAUGAUCCAUACACUAGAUGAAAACUUAUUAAAACUUAAACCAAAUCAAAAUUAAUAAUAUGAGAAUUACAUUAAACUCAGGACUGAAAACAAAUUCAGAAAAUCUAAAUUAUUUUUCAAUUUUUAAUUUGUGACAGUUUGAAACUAAUGAGAAAAAUUGGGGCGUUGAAUAAAGUUAAGUAAAACUUUUUUCAGCCACUAUUUUAAUUGUUUCAAAAAAAGGUCAAGCAGGAUUUCCACCUUAUUCUGUGUCAAAAUCUUUUAAAAUACUUUUUUUUCCCUCAAAUUUUGGCACAUCCUUUAAUUUUUUUAAAUAACUUCUUACUUUAAUUUUUUUUUCAUUUUCUGGCACUAAUGGGCUUCUGUAUGAUGGUUCCAGGCGAGAAUAAAGAUAAAAAAAAACUAACGCUAGGAACUUUAUUUACAAUUUUAACAUCUUAUUCUCUUAUUUACACUUUGUUCCUCCGUUUUAUUUCAUUUACUCCAUCUGAAAAUCAAAACAGCCCAAAAUAUUCUUCAAAUUUCCAGGAAAAAAAAAAUAUUUCACAGACUUUUGUCUCAUUUUUUGUAACAUUUUUAUGGGCCGAUGAACCGAAGCUUGAGAAUCUACCUCCUUAUCAGGAACAGAGCGGUCGAGAUGAUUCAGAUAUUUGCUGUUAAACCGAGAAUUCAAGUUUGUAGAGGUUUAUGUUAAUUUGGGCUGUAAGCACUUAAACACAUCUCACUUCAAACUUAAAACCGUCCAUCCGUCAAAUCAGCACUUAAAAAAAAAAAAGAAAUCAAUGCCACAUUUCAAUAAAAAUAACACAGUCAGCCCUUUCUCUUCUUUUUGUCCAUCCCGUGGCAGCAGCAACAUCCAGAAAACUCAAACUAGUUUGUUUUGAAACGUGGUUUCUACCGUAAAGACUAGAAUAAAGCUAUCGUCACAUGGGUCACAUGGUUUGAGGAUAUUUACCAAACGUUUUCCAGACAGGUCGUUUUUUCUUUUCUCCCAAACAGCUGUUUUUAUUCUUAGUUUCCAGAAAGUUCUCCACAUUUCCGAGCUCCGUUACAUCUCGAGUCCUCGUGGACAGCUCGUCUCAUCGGCGUCCGGAGGGUCCACCGAGCUCCUGUCCACGACUGGGCUCACACAGACGGCGCUUUGUGAUGCAUUCACUUCUUAAGUGCAAAAGCAGCUUCUAUGCUAAGUUUCCUUUUUUUUGUUUGAUGUGGUUAGUGGUGAAAGUACGACCACUCUCUGAAGAGUCCGUUCAGUCCAAAGUGAACUUCCAGUUUUAACUCCUACAGCUUCGCUCGCUGAAAGAACGCCUGCAGGACGGAGAGGAGGACGAUCAGAUGGUUUAAAUUUGAAUUCAUUAAAGGAUAGCCCCCUGAGAUGCAGCAUCUCAUUUUCAAGGGGGUCCUUAAACAAACGUACAGAGAACUCAGGACACGUUACAAUACAUUAACAGACAUAACAUAUAACAAAUACAGACAUCUUGCUCACCCGACCCCCACACACAACCCCAACCAACAUACGCCCAACAUACAAAAUAGACAAAACUUAUUAACAAGGAUAGAUAAUGUGAAUAUAAAUGCAAAACAGUGGAGAAAAUAAAUCAGAAACAUGAGCAAUUUGUUUUGAGAUGGGAGUAUAGUGCAAUUCUAAAGUGAUAAAAAGAAGUAAUAGGCAGGUUCCUCCAAUCUGAUGGGGCUUUAUGCUGAUAUAAUCUUUUGCAAACUUCUUUAGAGAUUCUAGGAACAAAGAAAAAUGGGUCGUUCAUGUGUCUAAGAGAGCAUGGGGAGUUGUAUGGAAUUACUUCUUUUAAAUAUGAAGGCCAAUGGAGAUAAACACUAGGGCCCGACCAUUUAUCGGCGAGCGGAUUAAAUCAGCCAAUUUUAGCCCAUUUGAGACUAAUCGGUAAUCGGACAAAACUCGCAGAUUUUCGCUGAUAUUUUCAGAGAUAAUGAUGACGCAGCUGAAAACGCUUUUCUGGUCCGACUUUGAUCAGUCUACAGUAUAUCUACAGUGUAUGGUAUACUGUAGAUAUCUACAAUAUAUAUAUAUUUUUAUAACUAUUUUAUAACUAAUUUAAAAAAAUCGGCCGAUUAAUUGGUAAUCGGAUUUUCCCCCCCUAAUAAUCGGUAUCGGCCCCGAAGAAUCCAUAUCGGUCGGGCCCUAAUAAACACAUUUAAAAAGAAAAUUAAGCCAAUGAAAUUACUGUCUUGAUUUGGGUUGUAACCACUUCAGGGAGUCAAACAUAAAGCA